AGUAUUAAACCCAUUCGAAAAUGAUGCAUGCGAUGAUAAUCAGAGACUUUUUUUUUUUUUUUUAAUUUAGAGCACUUAAUAUCAUCUAUUUGUACUCUUUACCAAGGUCCCCAGGCUCUCUAAUUCGAGGGAUGGAAGCUUGGUUGUAUUAGUUUGCUGAUAGGAUUUAAGGGGGGAAAUGAGAUGGCAGAAAGAAUCUCAUGGCAGCACAGAGCUCUGACCCCAGCUCGUUCAGUAAACACAGCCCACGGCACUGCGCGCGUCACCGGCGGCCAGGGCCUGCCCCUCGCUCGGGAGGAGCCGCCGCCGCGGCGGCAGCGUGCGAGCAGCCAUGCGCCCGGGGCAGGCGCUUUGCCCGCUGGCCACAACCCUGCUCCAGCCCCAGGGCUCCCCACCGAGCGGAAACACGGCCACGAAGGGGGCGAGCGGCCGGGGCAGAGCCACAGCGGGGAACGGAACGCCGAGCGACCCCUGCCCGGCGCAGUGCCAGGCCCCUCCUCGCCCCCUCCUCUGCCCGGGGGGACGCGGGCACGGCGGGCAGGAAACAUCCCGAGGCUCGUGGGCACCCGCGGGGAUGCGCUUACUUGGUCGGGGUCCAAGGGUGCUGCCGCCAGCCGCGAGAAGAGCGGCAGCGCGGGGCGGAAGCGGACGCGGCUCCGACGGAAGCACCGCAGCGACCGGCGGGACCCCGCUACCCGCCCCGCCCUUACGGCUGGGCCGCGCCCGGCGGCGGCGUCGGGCGGGUGCUGCCCGGCACGGCGCGGUGGACGGCGGCUGCAAUCGCCGGAGAGGCAGCAGCGUGCGCCCGCCGGUCGGCAAGACGCAGGGUUGGGGUGGCCAAAAAGCGUUACCGCUGGACAUGGGCGCACAAAAGAGUGCUCCGUUCUCUGUUCCCGGCCUCCCUCGCCUCUGCUCCUGAUCUCCAGCUGGGAAGAAUGUGUAGCAAUGAGAGCGCCAGAUACCGAGAACAAACGUAUUUGAGAGCCCUGAACAAAACAGGAAAAGGGAGACGUUUAGUCCAAGCCGAGAUUCCAGCUGUAAAAAAUACAUCACCUUCCAGCUUCCAGUUUUGGGCAAGGCAAAACCAUUCUCCUCAUCAUCACAACUCACAGGAAUUGAAAGCUGGGGAGUAACAAGAGGGUGUUGAAGAAGUGAGAUGAUUUGCUCCAGUAGGAGCACAGGAUCUGAGCCCCUUAAGAUUGGAUAAUGAAAAUAAAAUUGCUGUAGGUCUGUGCCUAA